GUUCUCUGACUUCAUCUUCCCUGUCUUUUGAUCUCAACUCAUUGUUCCUUCCUUCCUUCCCUCCCUUCCUGCCUGCUUGCUUGCUGGGACACUUGCAGUGUCCCUGUCUCCUCCCUCUGUGCAAGCUUGCUGGCAGCUUCAACAUCGGCUUAUUUUGUGUCUCCACUAGGAUCUGUGAUGACAGUGACAUACACCAACCGUGUGGCUGAUGCCCGCCUAGGCACCUUCUCACAGCUCCUGCUCCAAUGGAAAGGAAGUAUCUACAAACUUCUCUACUCCGAGUUCCUUAUUUUCAUCUCUCUCUACUUCACCAUCAGUCUUGUCUACAGGCUGAUCCUGAGUGAGAGCCAAAGGCUGAUGUUUGAGAAGCUGGCACUCUACUGCAACAGCUAUGCUGAGCUAAUCCCCGUGUCCUUUGUGCUGGGUUUCUACGUGGCUCUGGUGGUGUCCCGCUGGUGGGCUCAGUACGAGAGCAUCCCAUGGCCUGAUCGCAUCAUGAACUUGGUCUCCUGCAACGUGGAUGGAGAGGAUGAGUACGGGCGGCUCCUGCGGCGCACCCUCAUGCGCUACAGCAACCUGUGCAGCGUGCUGAUCUUGCGCUCAGUCAGCACUGCUGUCUACAAGCGCUUCCCCAGCAUGGAGCAUGUCGUGAGGGCAGGCCUCAUGACACCAGAAGAGCACAAGAAGUUUGAGAGCUUGAAUUCCCCCCACAACAAGUUUUGGAUCCCGUGUGUGUGGUUCUCCAAUCUGGCUGUGAAGGCAAGGAAUGAGGGGAGGAUCCGGGACAGCGUGCUGCUCCAAGGCAUCCUGAAUGAGCUCAACACCUUGCGCAGCCAGUGCGGGCGACUCUACGGGUAUGACUGGAUCAGCAUCCCCCUGGUCUACACUCAGGUGGUGACCGUGGCUGUUUACAGCUUCUUCCUGGCCUGUCUGAUCGGGCGGCAGUUCCUGGAUCCAGAAAAAGCAUAUCCUGGCCAUGAACUAGAUCUCUUCGUGCCUGUCUUCACAUUUUUGCAGUUCUUCUUCUAUGCUGGCUGGUUAAAGGUGGCCGAGCAACUCAUCAACCCUUUUGGGGAGGACGAUGAUGACUUUGAAACCAACUGGCUCAUCGACAGGAACCUGCAGGUCUCCCUUAUGGCAGUGGAUGAGAUGCAUCAGGAUUUACCCAUUCUGGAGAAGGACCUAUACUGGAACGAGCCUGACCCCCAGCCACCCUACACCGCAGCCACUGCUGAGUACAAGCGCCCAUCAUUCCUUGGCUCAACUUUUGAUAUCAGGUGA